CUCCUCCUGCUCGCCGGCGGCAUCCCGCUCCCCCGCGCCCUGCUCGGAUCCCGAGUCCGCUGCGCGCCAGGCGGCCGCCUGGUCAUGUCAGGAUGGAGAUCCGGCAGCAUGAGUGGCUCUCGGCCUCCCCCCACGAGGGCUUCGAGCAGAUGAGGUUGAAAAGCCGCCCCAAGGAGCCCUCCCCGAGCCUGACCCGAGUGGGCGCGAACUUCUACAGCAGCGUCAAGCAGCAGGACUACAGCGCCAGCGUCUGGCUCCGCAGGAAAGAUAAGCUGGAACACUCCCAGCAGAAGUGCAUCGUGGUCUUUGCCCUGGUCUGCUGUUUUGCCAUUCUGGUCGCACUGAUAUUUUCAGCUGUGGACAUCAUGGGAGAGGAUGAGGAUGGACUAUCUGAAAAAAAUUGUCAAAAUAAAUGUCGAAUUGCCCUGGUGGAAAAUAUUCCUGAAGGCCUUAACUAUUCAGAAAACGCGCCAUUUCACUUACCACUUUUCCAAGGCUGGAUGAAUUUACUCAACAUGGCCAAAAAGUCUGUUGACAUAGUGUCUUCCCAUUGGGAUCUUAACCACACCCAUCCAUCAGCAUGUCAGGGUCAACGUCUUUUUGAGAAAUUGCUCCAACUGACUUCGCAAAAUAUUGAAAUCAAGCUAGUGAGCGAUGUGACGGCUGAUUCAAAGGUAUUAGAAGCCUUGAAAUUAAAGGGAGCCGAGGUGACCUACAUGAAUAUGACGGCUUAUAACAAGGGCCGGUUGCAGUCCUCCUUCUGGAUUGUGGACAAACAGCACGUCUAUAUCGGCAGUGCAGGCUUGGACUGGCGAUCCCUUGGACAGAUGAAAGAACUUGGUGUCAUCUUCUACAACUGCAGCUGCCUGGUCCUAGAUUUACAAAGGAUAUUUGCUUUAUAUAGCUCAUUAAAAUUCAAGAGCAGAGUGCCUCAGACCUGGUCCAAGAGACUCUAUGGAGUCUAUGACAGUGAAAGGAAGUUGCAGCUUCAGUUGAAUGAAACCAAAUCACAAGCCUUUGUGUCGAAUUCUCCCAAACUCUUUUGCCCUAAAAACAGAAGCUUUGACAUCGAUGCCAUCUACAGCGUGAUUGAUGAUGCCAAACAGUACGUGUACAUCGCCGUCACAGACUACCUGCCUAUCUCCAGCACCAGCACCAAAAGGACGUACUGGCCAGACUUGGAUGGAAAAAUAAGAGAAGCAUUAGUUUUACGGAGCGUUAAAGUUCGACUCCUCAUAAGCUUCUGGAUGGAAACCGAUCCCCUCACAUUUAACUUUAUUUCAUCUCUUAAAGCUAUUUGCACUGAAAUAGCCAACUGCAGUUUGAAAGUUAAAUUUUUUGAUCUGGAAAGAGAGAAUGCUUGCGCAACAAAAGAACAAAAGAAUCAUACCUUUCCUAAAUUAAAUCGCAACAAGUACAUGGUGACAGAUGGUGCAGCUUACAUUGGAAAUUUUGAUUGGGUAGGCAAUGAUUUUACCCAGAAUGCUGGCACUGGCCUCGUUAUCAACCAAGCAGAUGUGGGUAACAACAGAAGCAUCAUCAAGCAACUUAAAGACGUGUUUGAAAGGGACUGGUAUUCACCUUACGCCAAAACCUUACAGCCAACCAAACAGCCGAACUGCUCAAGCCUGUCCAAGCUCAAACCUCCCUCCAACAAAACUGCCAACAUAAGUGGGAGGGAGCCGCUGAAUGCAUGAUGCAGGAGAGAGCAAACAGACAGACAACACAGGAAAGACUGGAGGAAAGAACCCGAUUUACUAUGUCUUUUUUUAGGGGGAACAAAAAAGCACACUUAUUAAAAAUGUUCUCUGAAAGACAUGUAAUAUCUAGCAAACAGUAUCUUAGCACUACAUACGCUAAAUUUAAGACUUUUGUAUUUAUAACUUCUGACAGAGAGUGUCAUCCUGGCUUAGAUGUUAGUUUUUACAUCUGCAUACAGAUUUUAACACCUUGAUUCCUGUUUGCUGUUCCUUACUGGUUUUAGAACUUUUCCUGCUGGCCCACUUGGUCUGGUCUUGGGGAACUGGGAUGAGGUGAGCUCUUCUCUUUAACACUGCUGUUCUGAGAAGGCUGAGCUGGAGAAAGGUGAGAAUCUUGCCUUGAAAACCACACUAACAAAACCAAGCAUUCACCAUCACCCUCAUAAAUAAUCUCCAAGACCCACCCAGUUAGCUGAGGAUUAACAGCUUACAUCUCAGGCCAGCCUUCAACUUCUGGAAAAUACCCGGUUUUGUCUCCCAUUCAUUUUCUCCUAAUACCACAGGUUUUAUUUGGUAUAAUUUUCUCUUUCCAUGGACUGUUCUUGUUAUGCAGCAUCCCUGUAUUCAGCUCCAUAUCAGUUCCAAGUAUGAUAACAUCUUUUGAAAUUGUAUGAAUUCCUCAGAACGGAUACCAAAUGGAAAUAGCAGCCUUUAAUUUUCGCCUUUCUCUUGCAUUCUUUGCCCUCCCAAAUCAGUUAUUUUACAAGGACAGCCAGCAAUAUAUAUAUAUGCAUUUUGAGAACAAA